CUUUUGAUAUCUUGACAUUGGGAAUAAAAGCAGCUAGUUUACGCCGGCUGUCUUGGCAAUCAGAAAAAAGUGGGUAGGGAGGGAGAAAUGGUCAAACUGUGGAGUUAAAUUUCUGCUGUGCGUUUCUAAAGAAUCGCAGUUUGAAACGCUUGCGUAAAAGCGUCAACGUGGCCCUCGCUAUAUUUAUUUUCAGCCGUUCAUUACUGCAUGUCAGAAGCGCAAAGCAAUGCCGAUAAAGUGGAUACAGUGGCUCAGGAGCACGCCAUUAUAUCUGCUACAAAAGCUGUUUCACGACCGCAGCAUGUCAUAACCAUUUCCAAUCCGCCUUGGUCAGCCAUGGAUGACCUUAUGGGAGAAGAGGAAGAAGUCUUUGAAGAAGCUCUGAUUCCGCCAGAAAACUUCAACAUGGUGUCCGACUAUAUCUAUAGGAGCUCUUUUCCAAAGAAGAAACAUUUUUCAUUCCUCAAGAAACUCGGACUCAAGAGUGUUCUGACUUUGAUUCUGGAAGACUACCCUGAACAAAACAUGAAGUUCUUGGAAGAGAACAAAAUCAAAUUCCUCCAGUUUGGCAUAGCUGGUAACAAGGAACCUUUCGUGCAAAUUCCAGAAAACAAGAUCAGUGCUGCACUAGCUGCGAUACUAGAUCGCCGGAAUCACCCAAUGCUGAUCCACUGCAACAAGGGAAAGCAUCGUACAGGCUGCUUAAUUGGCUGUAUGCGAAAACUGCAGCAUUGGUCUUAUACGUCCAUUUUUGAUGAAUAUCGAAGGUUCUCGCAUCCAAAAUCCAGAUCCAUGGACCAACAGUUUAUAGAGCUUUUUGAUACACGACAGGUGUGGGAGCUUGUUGACAAGGAGCAUAUGCCCAAAUGGCCUACACUAGGAGAUCCUCCAAUCUGAUUUACUAAUAUGAUAUAUUUAGAAUAUUGCCGCUUAGUUUGUACAUAAGGUUUUAUAAAGACGAGAGAUAAUAGAAUAAAGAGCGCAAGACAGCGCUUUUUCUACCGAAAAC